AUGUACGUCUCCUCCCCCCGCCGCCGUCGCGCUCCAAACCCAAUCCGCAUCCGCCACCACGCAAACAGCCCCCUCCUCGCCGGCCGCAGCCCCGCGCCCUGGACGCCAGACCACCCGGUUCCCCCGACCCUUUCGACAAUAGCGUCCCCGGACUCCGCCGAUACCCCGACGUUUCCCGUGAGCCCUCCAUCCGCGACAGUUUCGACAUGUAAGACAUUAUGGGAUACCGUUCUAGAGCGUACUUCCAAUAAACCGUUCUCGGAGACAGCGGAUCCGGGUUGGGGGGAUCAGUCGCCGUACCCCUCUACGGAGGACUCGCCAGCAUCAGCAAGCUGGAGGGUUGCCGAGCUGGAGCGGGCGGAAGAUAGCCUCGGCGCGGUGACGCCUGGUGGUGGGAUUAGUCCUGGUACUGUGGGUAUUCCGAGGACGCCUGCCAGUACACCCGUUGCUGGGCGGGCUGGGUCUGCGAUUGCUGUUGGUAGAAGAGGAGGCGUGUCAAAGUUGAGGAGGAUUAUGUAUUCUCCUGGGUUGCCUGUUUCGCCGCCGCUGCGAUGGUGGAAGGGUGAGGGAUAUAGGCCGGUUCGUGGGGCUGAUGGGGAGGAUGAGAGUGGGAGUGGGAGCGGUAGUGAUGGUAGCGUGAAUCCUGGGUUGAAGCGAGUGAAACUCCAGCGGAAGGGAACACUGCAUUUGAAGACGUGUGUUUGUCAUGGGGGUGGUCGUGCGGUAUCUGUCCAGUGGUGGAAGUAUGCCCUGGUUGUUUUGCUGGUGGUCCUCAUCUUUCUGUAUGUUUCCUGGAAGGAGUGUAUCUGA